UUCUGGGAGGUGAAAGGGAGUGUUCACUUUCAGUUUUGACUAGAGUUCUUUGUGUUUUUCUUGUUCUGUAGAUCAAUCUUGAACUUGGAACCAGAAAACUCUCGGAUCUAGGGGCAUAAACCCCUCUGCCAGCCCCUCCACCACUCAGUGAGAGGGCAAGCAAUAAGAUACGCAUAUUAUGUGAAAUCGUACAAAACAUUUCUAGAUCAGCCACCUUACAUACAUAGAAAGAAACAAAGAAGCAAAUAGACAAAAGAAAGAAAAAUAAAGUAAAAAAUAUGCUUGAAUAUAUGUACUCAGAAUUUAUCUCUGGAGAUGGACAACAUUUUUCAUCAUUUGGAAUUAUUUGGAAUUAUCUUGGAUCAUUGAAUUAAUCAGAAUAAGAUAACCAUGGGAAUAUUUACAAACUACAGAUUCUAUUUGAAAGAUGACAGUUUACAACAUAUGCAGAAGAAAUUCCUAAGAGCCAAUAUUAAAGAAAACAAUGGAAUUGUCUCCUCUAUACUAAACCACAAGUGCACACAUAUAAUUUUAGACAAUGAUGCUAUUCUGAGUUCUGAUGAGCUAAGUGCUGUCCAGAAGUAUCAUAUCUCCAUCGCAAACAUAAAUUUUUUAUGGGACUGCCUCAAACAAGGAGAACUUUUAAGUAUUGAGAAUUACAAAUGCAAUGAAUCAUCAGGACUCGCUCUACUUCCUUUUGAAAGAUCAAGCAGUUCCAGAGUGGACAAGGAUGACUUGCAUAGCACUGCAGAGAAGAAUGAAGAGAUUAUGGAACAGAAUAAAUUUUGUACAGAAGAUGACAACAUCACAUAUAUUCCUCAAGAUUUUGAAGUUGCAAGAUACAGCAUCCUAGAAAAAAUUAAAUCAGAGGGAGAGAAAGAAGUGGUGGUGGUGGAACUGCAGUGCUUCCAGGAACAUCCUGAAUUUUCUUUUCUUAUAUCUUCCAAUCUUCUGCUGGAAGGUGGUAUUAAGACUAGGAGACAUUUAUCUAGAAAGAACACAUCUGAAGAUGCAAGUGAAUACUAUGAAAGUUAUGUUGAAGAAUUGAAGAAACAAGGAUUUCUGCGAUCAGAAAGUUUUCCACCUGAAGCAAACCUACUGGCAUCUGAGAAGUUACAAGCAUUGAUGUUGGAGGAUGUGUUAAAUGGAGAUACUAUAAGUGAAGAAGUGAGUAAUUUAGUGGAGUUGAUUUGGGUAGAAGCUCUUGGUCACCUGGAAAACAUUCUUCUCAAGACAGCAAAUAGCAUCAGCCUAAAUGAUGUAAGCAAAGCUGAGGGAAUUCUACUUCAAGUUAAGGCAGCAUUAAACAAGGGUGAAACAACAGAAGAGUUGAGAAAAAUGAUGUCAGAAUUUUACCGACUUAUACCUCACAGAAAUUCAGAAGAUGAAGUCAGCAGAAGACUACUAUCUAAGAAAGAAGAUCUCUGCCAGCUCAUAAGAGAUGUGAUUAAUGUCAGUGAAGCAAAUCUUUCAAGAUCUAACCCACCUUCUCUUGCCAAAUACCGAGCUCUAAGAUGCAAAAUUGAGCACGUUGAUGAGAAUACUAGAGAAUUUUCCAAAGUUAAAGAAGAAGUAUUACAAAAAAGUUCUGGGAAGAAUCUAGUGGACAUCUUAAACAUAUAUCGAAUUGGCAGAGUUCAUGAAACAGUGGAAUUUCAGAGCAAGCUUGGCAAUGUUCAGUCCUUACUACAUGGAACACCUGGGAGAAAUAUUGUUGGAAUUCUUUCCCGAGGAUUGCUAUUACCCAAAAGAUUGGUUGAAGAUUAUGGAAUAGAAAGAACAGAUUUUGGAAAUCUUGGUAGUGGAAUAUAUUUCAGUGAUUCUCUCAGUACAAGCAAUAAAUAUUCACAACCAAAUAAAACAAAUGGCACUCGAUUCCUAAUUGUUUGUGAUGUUGCCCUUGGAUGCUGCAUGAAUUUGCUUAAGCGAGAUUUAUCAUUAACUGAACCACCACCAGGUUAUGACAGUGUGCGUGGAAUUCGGAGAACAGAACAAAUCAUCUCAGACUUUGAGGAUGAUGAGUUUGUUGUAUACAAAACCAGUCAAGUAAAAAUGAAAUACCUUGUUAACUUUUGUAUGAGUGGAGACCGAAUAAAGGACUUUUGUCCUUGUGCAAAUUCUGAGUUGGAGGAAAAUAGACCUGAGCUUUUAAAUGAUAAUUCACAACUUAAAGAUUUUGCAUUACCAGAUACCAACCCUUUCAUCAAUAUAAAAGCUGGCCUUCAAGAUCUCUCUGGGAUUCAAGUCCCUCUUGAAGAGAUUCAUAUCAAGGGAAGAAUAAUGGACUUCAUAGCCCAGAUAAUUGUGUUUCAAGCAUAUACCAAUGAGAGUGAUCUGCCUAUUGAAACAAAAUAUGUCUUUCCCUUGGAUGACAAAGCAGCAGUGUGUGGGUUUGAAGCUUUCAUCAAUGGCAAGCAUAUAAUAGGAGAGGUCAAGGAAAAAAAAGAAGCCCAUCAGGAAUACAGAGAAGCCAUCAGUCAAGGCCAUGGAGCUUACUUGAUGGAUCAAGAUAGUCCUGAUGUCUUCACUGUGAGUAUAGGAAACUUACCACCACAGGCCAAAGUUCUUAUCAAAAUUACCUAUAUUACUGAGCUCAGUUUUCAUCAUGGAUGUGCCAACUUCUUCAUGCCUGCUACUGUAGCACCGUGGCAACAGGACAAAGCUUUAAAUGAAAAUCUGCAGGAUGCAGUAAAGAAAGUUUGUAUUGAGGAAGUAGGAUUGCAUCAACAAUUCUCCUUAAAUAUAUCAAUUGAGAUGCCACAUUUAAUUGAGCUAAUUAGCAGCGACACACACAAGCUCAAAGUAAAGAAAACAGACUGCAAAGCUGUAAUCAGUACUUUGGAUAACAGUACCUUAGACAGCAAAGGCUUCUCUCUCCAGAUCCACAUAGGAGAGGUUUACCUCCCAAGAAUGUGGGUUGAAAAGCACCCAAACAAGGAAAGUGAGGCCUGCAUGCUUGUGUUCCAUCCAGAUUUUAGCACUGCACUACCUGAAAAGGCCUAUACCAAUGAAGUUAUUAUUUGUCUGGAUUGUUCCAAUUCUAUGGAGGGCUCAAUAUUACUGCAAGCUAAGCAGAUUGCCUUACAUGCUCUGUCUCUUGUCCAAGAGAAUCAAAAAGUAAAUAUUAUCAAGUUUGGCACAAGUUAUACAGAAUUAUUUUCAUAUCCUAAGUACUCCACAAGCAAUCCUGAACUAACAGAGUUCAUUAUGUCUGCUACACCUACCAUGGGAAAUACUGACUUCUGGAAAAUCCUGCGUUUUUUAAACUUACUCUACCCUUCUCAAGGGAUGCGCAACAUACUUCUUUUAUCUGAUGGGCAUAUUCAGAAUGAGAGCCUGACAUUGCAGAUUGUAAAAAGAAAUGUUAGACACACCCGCUUAUUUACAUGUGGAAUUGGGUCCACAGCAAAUCGUCAUAUCCUAAGGGCUUUGUCCCAGUAUGGUGCUGGAGCAUUUGAAUACUUUAACACAAAAUCUAAAUAUAGUUGGAAAAAACAGAUUGAAGACCAGAUGACAAGAAUAUUUUCUCCAGGAUGCAGCUCUGUGUCUGUUAAAUGGCAACAACUGAAUUUAAAUUCACCAGAGCCCAUUCAGGCUCCCACACAAAUCCAGGCCUUAUUCAAUAAUGAUAGGCUGCUUGUGUAUGGAUUCAUUCCUCAUUGUACACAGGCCAUCCUAAAUGCUUUAAUUCAAGAGAGGGAAUUUCAGACAAUGGUAUCAACUACUGAACUACAGAAAACAACUGGAACUAUGCUUCACAAGCUAACAGCUAGAGCUAUCAUCAGAGAUUAUGAAGAUGGAAUACUUCAUGAGGAUGAAACAAAACAUGAGAUGAAGAAGCAAAUUUUGAAGUCUCUGAUUAUUAAACUCAGCAAGGAGAACUCUAUUAUAACACAAUUUACAAGUUUUGUGGCAGUUGAGAAAAGGGAUGGCAAUAUAUCAUUGGAUUCUAAUAAUCCAAAUAUUUUGGAACUUAUCACCACAGAAGACGUAGAUUUUCUGCCAUACAUGGAUUGGGAGGUGGAGCAGCCAGAGAAUAUAACGAUGAAGGUUCAACAGAAACAUCACAGAAGAAUGAAGCUGAAAAAUGUUAAAGCUGUUUUUAAGUUAGGUUUGAGGGAUACUUUUUCAGACAUUACUUCUGUGAGGAAACAUUCAGCACCACAUAUUAUCCAUUACAAACCAGAAAAAGAGAUUCGACUAUUCACAGAGGAUGAUGAGGAAUUAAAAUUGUAUUCUUCUAUGGAGGAAAACUGUUCUGUUCCAUCUCAAAAGCUGCUUCUUGCUUCUGAUCAGUAUGGCCAUGCCAGGCCUUUAAAUCUAACUAAGAAAGAUUCAGACAUGACAUUUUUAUUUAAUAAACAUAAAAAACAGGAUUGGGACUCUGCAACUUCUUUCACUCUUUCCUUUUCAGUUCCUCCUCCUCCUCCUCUUCCGGGUGGUUGCUCCUUUUCCCAAUCUUGUUCAGGCUUUGCCUUACAUACUAGUACCCUUUCUACUCCUAGUUUUCUUUCUGCAAACUCUCCUUUUCCUUCUCCUUUAGUCCAACAAGGAGGUAAUGUUUUGGGGGCUCCUUAUCCUAAUUCUGAUCUUCCUCCUCUGCCUCCUUUAUCUUCUUCUCUUUCCUGUCCAACUCCUCUUUCUGCUUCUCUUUCUUGCUCUUCUUUUAUUCCUUGUCCUCCUCCUGUUCCUCCUCUCCCUCCUCCUUCUCUUCCUCCUCCUCCUCCUCUUCUUAGGGCUCCUGCAUUUAUUUCUAGGCCUCAUUUACUUGAGUUUCCAAGACCUGGAAGAAUGAAGAAGUCACUUUCAGUAUUUAAGGAGAGUUAUGAAUCCACUCCGGAUGUUGAUUAUGGGAAUUUAUCAUCGCUUAGAAAAAAAAUGUACGGUGUUGAAUCAAAUCAUGGAUGUAUUUUUGGAAUGAAAAAUGAUGAACAACUGCGAUGUUCCCAUCAGCCUCCAUUUUCUCUGUCCAGAGAUACUAGAAAAGAAAUAGUCUCUACAGCUUUCUCAUUUGCAGAGAAGAAUUCCAUAGUACAAGAUGUUACUCCAUCACUUGCUAAGAUACAAAAACAUCAGACUGAUGUGACCCCCAGAGAAAAUUGGUUGAGGAGUAUUAAAGAGAAUUUGGUGUUUUGGUCUAGGGUUUUUAAUCUUCAGAAUGAGGAAGGCUUUUGGAAACUUAACCCUGAAUUUGGACUUAUUUUAAAAUUGAAUGUGAAUGAUUUAAACACCUUUCUUGUGCAAAAAGGCAUUCAGUCCCUAGGUUCCAAAGGAAAAGAAAAUGUAUUACAGCUGAUUGCCACCUUUCUAGUGCUACAGCUCAUUCGAACCAAGUUGGAACUAGAAGGGAUCACAGUCAAGUCACUGUUGAAACUAGAUGACUCAGCUGCUUACAGAAGCUAUCUUUUCCAAGAAAACCCCAAAUGGAGUCACAAAGAAUUGGACAUAAUUGAACAACAAACAACAAUGAUCCAGGUGUGGGGGCAGGGAAAGGAAAUGCUCUGUAAUUAUUAUUCUUGCUAUGUAGAACUAUGCCUUCUCCAAUUUAUAUUUGUGGAAAUGAUUUUUGUUCUCAAGAGCAAAACUUGAAGUUUAUCCCUUUUGAAUUUCAUCAUCAGAUAGAUUCAGUCCAGUACUCUAGCCCUAGACACUGGUUAUUGUUAUCUAUUGUGUUAGCUAUUCCACCAAACUUUGAGCCAUCUUGAUAGAAAUGUUAAACAGCAUAAGCCAAAUACAGCAGGGUAUUCCAUUUCCAACCACUAAUAACUAUUCUUGGGGUCAGACCAUGUGAGAAGUUUUUUAAUCUUUCUGAUCGAAUUAUUGUUUAGUCCCAUCUUCUCUACCAAAAAAGUAUGAGAUUCUUUUUAUCAAAAGUGGUGCUAGCGGCAGCUAGGUGGUGCAGUGGAUAGAGCACCAGCACUGGAGUCCGAAGGACUUGAGUUCAAAUCUAGUCUCAGACACUUAACACUUCCUGGCUUUGUGACCCUGGGAAAGUCACUUAACCUCAAUUGUGUCAGGGGAAAGUAAAGUGGUGCUAAAAUCUAAUACAUUAUGCCCAUGGAAUCUCCCUCAUCUACUAGUAUAGUAAUCCAUCAAAAAAGGAAAUGAGAUCAGUCUGUUGUGACUGUUAAGUUUCCUUCUAAAUGUUCACCAACAAUUUCUUGGAGAAUCCAUUUUAGAAUUUUCUAAGGAACAGAUGUCAAACUUGAGUUUGGCCCAGAGUUUGUAGACUCUAUUGGCUUCCGUUUUUUGAAAAUCAAGAUAUUUUCCCUUUUCUAAUUUUGUGGUACCUCUCUUGAUUUCUGUGUUCUUUCAAAUAUUUCAAUAGAAGCUCAGCAAUUACAUCUGCCAGUUCUUUUAAGACCCCAGGAUAGAGUUCAUCUGAGUUAGGUGACUUGAUUUCAUCAAAGGCAGCUAGAUGCUUUAUUAUAACUCCUGAUUUAAUUUGUCUAUCAGUUCUCUGUUAUAGCAGGAAUCUUGGAGGGAAUAUUUUAUCAAUGAAAUGAAGUUUUGAAAUGUUUCUAUUUCAUAGGUUGCCAGAGAAUGUGAUCAUUAUAUGGCCAUCCUCUAAGAGAUGAUAAAUCUCUCUAUAUUUAGAUUAGUCUUUAGAGUAGAUAGUGUCUGUUCUUGAACUACAUAUGGUAAAAUCAGCUUUAUUAGAUUUCAAGACUUUUGGGCUCAAUUCUAUACCACAAUGAGAUAGUAAUUAGAACUUUAUGUAGGUUGCAAAGUAUAAAGCACUGCAAUAUAGAUAGAUAGAAAAAAAGAAAGAAUAGAAAAGUUUAACAUUCUUAAAUUACUCAUGAGCCCUAAGCCUUGCCCAAAACAAAGCAAACUUUCAAAAUCUAUUCUUGAAGGAAAUCCUUGGCAUUCUUCACAGAUCUCUAUUUUUUCUCUAAUAUAAACCAUCUUUAAUUAAGUGCUAACUUGUUAUACUGGUUAUAAAUGCAAUAUGAAUUAAAGGAAAAGGUCAAUAUGGGCUAGAACAGUCUGUGAAGAAUUAACAGAGAAAUUGUUAUUUAAAUAUGACCUUGAAAGAUGGCUGGAUAUGGGGAAAUGUAAAGACCUUAGAAAUUUAUUCUGAGCAGUUAGACAGAUGUGAGAAUAAGAGUUAUGGCAGAGACAAGGACAAAAUGUAUAAGUAUAUUGUUAUUAUGAAAGGAUUUGAAGGACAGGCAAAACAAUUUAGUUGUUUGUUUCAGUUCUUAAUUGUAAAAAUAGUACUCUCAAUUUUUUCAUUGAUGAUAAAAUUUCUUCUAAUAUAAAAUGUUUAAACCACAAGCUUGGUUUCUUAUAUAGCCAUAUUUUGAGAUUUAACAGUUCCAUUUUU